CUUGGAUACACAUAUGAAAGGGUGAAAAAAGGUGCUUAUGUAGACGGACACGAGAGAGAAGAUGUGGUAGCCUAUCGGACCUUGUUUGCAUUUGACAACGCAACAAGUCAUUCUGCUUUUUCACGUGAUGCACUUAUUGCUAACCAUAUGAACCUUGGCCCUGCUGGAAAACAAGAGAAAUUACGCAGCACAUCAUACUUUCGUAAGGGAAGAAAAUAUGACCAAGAUAUGGUCUUUCCAUCAGACUAUCAUAUCCCUGAAUUACGUGGUGAAGCUAAAGGAUUAAAAGAAGUUCUAAAGGAGAGAGGGUUGUGGCCAGAAGAAGGAUUAAGGUUAAAAGAAGCACGAGAAUUAAUAA